CUUCUCUCCAGAUACUCCGGGAGCUCCAGCCCGGCGGACCGCGCGCCCCAACGGCACCGCCCCUAAACUUCAGCUCCAUCCUUAUUUCAAGCCUUCUAAUUUAUUCCUUAAAAUCAGAAACUAAGGCGUGAUACGGGGAAGGAGUCCGCGGAGGAAUAAAACAACAGCAGAGAAAGAGCUCCAGAAAACCUCCCGAGAGCAACAACUCCUCGUCGGGAGUCCAGAAACCAACAAGUGAGAAGGCGCCGCGUUCCCGGGGCGCAGCCGCGGGCGGCAGGAGCAGGCGCAGGAGGAGGCAGCGAGCACCCCUGAGCCCCGAGCCGUGGCCGCUGUCGCUGUCGCUGCUGCUCGGCUCCGGAUCCCUCUUUGCGAGCCGCGUGGGGCGCUGGGCAGGAGGCUUCAUUUCACCCUCAUUGCAAGCGGAGGCUGGGAACAACCGAUCACCAAGGAAUAUGCGGCGCGCGUGGAUCCUGCUCACCUUGGGCUUGGUGGCCUGCGUGUCGGCGGAGUCGAGAGCACAGCUGACGUCCGACAAGGACAUGUACCUUGACAACAGCUCCAUUGAAGACGCUUCGGGAGUGUAUCCUAUUGAUGAUGAUGACUAUGCUUCUGCAUCAGGCUCGGGAGGUGAUGAGGACGUAGAGAGUCCAGAGAUGACAACAUCUCGAACACUUCCAAAGAUACCGUUUACUAGUGCUGCACCAAAAGUGGAAACUACGACACUGAAAAUACAGAACAAGAUACCUGCUCAGACGAAGUCACCUGAAGAAAUUGAUAAGGAGAAAGUUCACCUCUCUGACUCAGAAAGGAAAAUGGACCCAGCUGAAGAGGAUGCAAAUGUGUAUACUGAGAAGCACUCGGACAAUCUUUUCAAACGAACAGAAGUCCUGGCAGCUGUCAUUGCUGGUGGAGUCAUCGGCUUUCUCUUUGCAAUUUUCCUUAUCCUGCUGUUGGUGUAUCGCAUGAGAAAGAAGGAUGAAGGAAGCUAUGAUCUUGGAGAACGCAAACCAUCUAGUGCUGCUUAUCAGAAGGCACCUACUAAGGAGUUUUAUGCAUAAAACUCCCACUUAGUGUCUCUAUUUAAGAGAUCACUGAACUUUUAAAAAUAAAGCUUUUGCAUAGAAUAAUGAAGAUCUUUGGUUUUUGUUUUUCUCAUUAAAGAGCCAUCCUGGCACCUUAAUGAUAAAAUCCCAUUGUAUUUAAAACUUUUCAUGUAUUUCUUUAGAACAAGAUAAAAUUAAAACUUAACAUCUGCAGUGUUCUGUGAAUAGCAGUGGCAAAAUAUUAUGUUCUACAAAUCUUCAAUGUUCAUGGAAUCGGUUUAAACUUAUAUGCGCAAAUACGAUAUAAUUGUUUUUAUCCUACGGUUUGAAGAUGAAAGCUGUUUAAUUUUUGUCAGCAUGUCUCAGAUUGACCUUCUUACCAAGUUGGUCUUACUUUGUUAAUUUAUCUGUUGUUCCCCUCUUCUCCUCUGCUCCCACCUUGUCCUCUUAAAAACAAAACAAAACCCUAUGCCUUUUGUAGCUGUCAUGGUGCAAUUUGUUUUUGGAUAAUUCAGAUAAUGAUAAUUUAGUGUAUAUGUGAUUUUCAAAUAUGUAAACUUUAACCUCCACUUUGUAUAAAUUUUUAAGUGUCAGACUAUCCAUUUUACACAUACUUUGUUUAUCAUUUACCGGUAGCUUCGGGCAGAUUUGCAAUAGCAAAUUAAUGUGUAAAAUUGGAUUAUUACCACAAAACUGUUUAGUCAUAUCUAUCUAAUCAGAUCUUCUUUUGGGAGGAUUUGAUGUGAGUUACUGACAAGCCUCAGCAAACCCAAAGAUGCUAACAGUAUUUUGAGAAGUUGCUGCAGAUUCCUUUGGCCACUUUCUUUGUUUAAUUUCUUGAAAUUUGAGGAUACAAGUAGGGAUUUAAAGAAAAAUCCGUUUUUGUUCAUAAAAAUGCAUUUAAGUUGUAAACGUCUUUUUAAGCCUUUGAAGUGCCUAUGAUUCUAUGUAAUUCGUCGCAGACUGGUGUUAAUGAGUAUAUAUAUAUAUAACAGUUAAAAAAAAGUUGGUAUUUUAUAAGCACAGACAAUUCUAGUGGUAACUUUUGUAGUCUUACGAAUAAAUAUAAAUUGUAAUUUGGGGACAUAAAAACUACUGAAUAAAUUAUGUGGCCUAAUAUUGGAAAUGUCACUGUUAUAAAUUUUGUACAUUUUCAAGCAAAUGUACAUCUCCUCUUUGCUAACAACCAUCUGCUCUCAAGGAUGGCAUGGGUUUAAUUUCUGCGUGUUCUGCAGUGUCUGUAAAUCAAGACCAAAGAGGCCGUUGAUGAGGCUGUUUAUUACCAAUCACUUCUGAAUUGGCCAGAGGAAAUCUGAAUGUAUCAUCUCGUGUGUGUUUGGGUGCAGAUUCUGGAAGGCUGCCAGGGAAUUACGAAAUUGUAACUUUUAUAGGAUAGUUGAUGGAAAUAUUGAGACAGAUGCCUGCCUUUGCAAAUAACUUUUAACACUGUAAAUUCCAAAGAACUGAAGGGGGCUUUCCUGGACUAGAUAGCUCAGGCUUAGUCCCAUAGAUUGAUUUACCCUUGAAACUGUGCUCCAAAUCUCUCUUGAAGCUUAACUGAAGAACUAUAACAGACAAAAGACUAUAUAGUUCACACUCCAGGGAAGAUGCCAAGGGCUGGGAGGUUCUGGGCGUUAUAAUGCACGAGGGCCUCACUGCCUGGGAUUGGAGGUGCUGGAAAGCAGGGAUGCCCUGAGGAGGGAAGGAAGCAUGUGGGUCCCCUUGCUGGCUGGGUACUUUUUUCUCACUGAACAUUUCCUUUUUCUGUUUACCGUUAAAUUUUUUUUUAAAAAAACUGUGAGCUGCCAAAGUAGGAAGAAGACAGCAAAAAACAGCAACUUUUCCAACAUAUUCACUUUUAAUAAAGUAUGAAUGCUUCAUUUAGAGAACAUUCCCUGGAAUUGCCACAGAAUUCAGUUUAAAUGUUUAUUUUUAAGCAGUGCUUGGAACAAUGUUUACUUCAAUCCUUAAUGGCCUUAAUUCUCAAAUCCCUGUCCCAUCACUUACAGAAUCAGUCCACUUUAAAGUGAUUAGAAGGAAGCGAUAGCACCUUCUGAAGCCGCACGAUGUCCCUCAAUUACAGAGGUUAAGAAUGUAGCGGGUAUACCUCUAACUGUGCAAAGCAUAGUGAAAUUCAAGUCAUAGAAUAACAACUGCUUGGAGUAUUCGUGCCAGGAAAAGAAAAUUUCUGGCAAUAUUUUGUCACUGCUGUAAAGCAAAGUAUUUGUUAAAGUGCCAAAAUAAAGUCUGUCAUGCUGAACGUAAAAACUCAUUGUAUAGACUGACAUCCCGUUUUCUUCAACUGUUCACUUUUCUGCCUAGUUUUUUUCUUUUUUAAGAUGCAGUAAAUAAUACUAUUAAAAAUGUUAGUCAUGGUUACUGAGUUCAGGAAAAUUUUGGUAAAAUACAAAUAUUAAAGCUAA